CUCAGCAUAGUAGACUGUAUGAUUGUUCGAUUCAAAAUGGCCAAUACCAGUGGAACGCAUAAACAUCCAUAUCCCCCAGCCAUAGCCCCUGGGUAACUGCCUAAGGGAGCUGGAGUGACUGCUGACCCUGCUGGGGAAGCAGCUUCCAGGGGCCUUGGGCAGGAUUCAAAAGACUACCUAAGCAAAUACCCCCUACCCAUGCUCCGUGAGGAGAGAGAGAGAAGGAAGAGCUCAAGUUCAUGGGUCACAAACUCCAAUUUCUACAAGACGUGGGCAGGUUACAUCAAUGAGUGGAGAGGGCCCAGUGGAGGGGUAUGGCCAGAUUAAAGGGACAGCCGCCAUUCACAAAGAGCCAUCCUACCAUAUGUGAUUCAUGCACAUAUAAAAAUUAGUUUUAAAUAGUAUAAAAGAGUCAAGAGUCAAGAGUCAGUGUCCUCCCACCCCUGACCUCAGAGACGGGGGUGAUUUUGGAGAUGUUAGUCUUCUAAAUUGUGGUGGGUAAGCUAUUCCUGAGUCAGGCAGCAGGUGGCGCCCAACCCAGAGAGUUAGAAAAAGGGAACAGUUACUUAACUCAUUUCCAGUAACUUCUCCUUCUUUCCCCACAGGGCCUUCUCCAGCCCCACCUCCUGUACCCUGGCCUGGGCCAAGUCCUCUUGCAGGUCUAGAUCCCGGGUCCCACACUGGGAAAACUAUUUCUGGAGAAAUCCCCACCCUGCAAGCUGCCCAGGCAAGAUGUGGUGGCUGCUCCUCUGUGGAGUCCUCCAGGCUUUCCCCACGCAGGGAUCCGUCCUCGUGGCCCAACGGCUACCCCAGAAGCUGACAUCCCCUGGGUACCCAGAGCCAUAUCUCAAAGGCCAAGUGAGCACCACUGACAUCGAGGCUCCAGAGGGCUUUGUUGUGAGGCUCAUCUUCCAGGACUUCGACCUGGAGCUGUCCCAGGACUGUGAGCAGGACUCUGUCACAAUCACAGCCAGUGGGACUGCUCCAAGCCGGUUCUGUGGGCAGCAGGGCUCCCCGCUGGGCAGCCCUCCUGGUCAGAGGGAGUUUGUGUCCUCAGGAAGAAGGUUGCAGCUGACCUUCCGCACAGAUGGCUCCUUGGAGAACAGGACCACCUGCCUCCACAGGGGCUUCCUGGCCCUCUACCAAGCUGUGGGUGUGAAUGAUAGUCAGCCCAUCAGCCAGGCCAAUGGGAUCUAUGAGGCCAUUAGCACACCUGGAGACAACGCCUCCAAGAUCCAGAGCCAUUGCCAGAAGCCAUAUUAUCAGGCAAUGCCAGCAGGGACAACCCAGGCAACCUGGAAGGACAAACAAAAUAGGGAGGAGGCCCCUCAGUGUGUCCCUGUGUGUGGACGACCAGUCUCUCCCAUCACCCACAACCAAGAGGGCCUUGCUUCUUUCAGAGCUAAGUUGGGCAACUUCCCCUGGCAAGCUUUCACCAAUAUCCACGGCCGCGGAGGCGGGGCCCUGCUGGGCAACAGAUGGGUCCUCACCGCUGCCCACACCAUCCAUCCCAAGGACAGCAUCUUCCCCCAAAAGAACCGGAGUGUGGAUGUGUUCCUGGGCCACACAGACAUAGAUGAGAUGGUGAAACUAGGAAACUACCCUGUCCGCCGGGUCAUUGUGCACCCAGACUACCGUCAGAACGAGCCCCGCAACUUCGAUGGUGACAUCGCUCUCCUGGAGCUCCAGCACAGUGUGCCCCUGGGCCCCCACCUCCUCCCAGUCUGUCUGCCCGACAACGAGACCCUCUACCUCAGUGGCCUGUUUGGCUACAUCAGUGGGUUUGGUAUGGAGAAGGGCUGGUUAACUACUGAGCUGAAAUACUCAAGGCUGCCCAUAGCCAACAGGGAGGCCUGUGAGGCCUGGCUCCGAAAGAGGCAGCGAACUGAGGUUUUUUCUGACAACAUGUUCUGUGUAGAGAAUAACAUGCAGCAGCAGAGCGUCUGCUAUGGAGACAGUGGUAGUGUCUAUGUGGUGUGGGAUGACUGUGCCCAUCACUGGGUGGCCACGGGCAUCGUAUCCUGGGGCAUCGGGUGUGGCAAGGGGUAUGAUUUCUACACCAAAGUGCUCAACUACGUGGACUGGAUUAAGAGAGUGAUGGAGGAGGAGUGACCCUGGGGCACCUCAGCAGCGACAACCAGUGACCAGCACUCUGGAGGCCCCAUAAAGAGAAAGUGGUCUUAAUUGCAUUUCAUUUCUAAAACAUUAUGAGGCCCCUUUAGUUUGAACUUUAAAUUUCCAAGCCAUUGCCUUCACCACUUACCACAACUUCUAGAUCCAAGUAUAGUAAUAGCUCCUUCUUUUUUUUUCUUCCACAUCUUCUAUAUGCCAGGUGCUUCACAUAUGUUGGAAACCCUGGUGGUGUAGUGGUUAAGUGCUAUGGCUGCUAACCAAGAGGUCGGCCAUUCAAAUCCACCAGGCACUCCUUGGAAACUCUAUGGGGCAGUUCUACUCUGUUCUAUAGGGUCGCUGUGAGUUGGAAUCAAUUCUAUGGCAGUGGGUUUGGUUUUUUUUUUUUUUUGGUUUUCACGUAUGUUAUUUCGUUUAAUCCUCACACCAAGUUUGCAAAGGGUGUGUUAUCAUCCACAUUUUACAAAUGAGGAAACUAAAGCUCAAGGAGAAAAAUGACUUGCCCAAGUUCCACAGCUGGUAUGUGCCUGCAAAGGCCACUUUCUUUCCCCUAUGCCAUGAUACCUCAGUUGUCCUCAAGACCUACUAUAUCUCCCGCUACCCUAUUUUCCCUUCCAGCUCCCCACAUCCUUACAGAGUCUCCCUUCAUGGGAAUUGCUGCUUCCAUGAAGACAGCAACACCUGACUCACUCUAUCCCUUCAACAGGCCUCCUACAUACACACCUCAGUGCUCCUGGACACCUCAGUCUGUGCUUCUGUCAGUGAACUCCUUGACCCUGUCAUCAAGGGGCACUGCUACACCUGAGAAGACCAACUGUGAAUUUUCAAUGAGAACUUGAAGUGAUUUACAAUGAAAAACACAAACCAAAUGAUGCAACCAUUCAAGUGGAAAUAGAAAACUAAUACCCUAAAACAGAUAGAUCAAAUUUUGUUAGCCAUGAGCAUCAAGUUAGCUACUAUGAUUAAAGGAUAAAUGUAUCUUAAAAAAAAAAAUAGGGCUCAAAAUUGUACAUACUUGCGCUUCUAUUUUUUAAACCUAUGCACAAUAGACUAUAGGAAAAACUCUCAAAAUCUUAAACAGAGGUUGUUUUAGGUGGUAUAGUUUUGGCUGCUUUGUUUUCCCCGACUCUUCUUUAUCUGUCAAACUUUGUUUAAAGGGCAUGUAUUAUUUUAUUAUUGAAAAAUAAAAACCAAUUUUUUAAUUAAUAAAAAUUAAUUUUUAUUAAUGAGCAAUAAUAUAAUUAUUUUAUUAUUGAUAGGAGCUUCUCCCUGCCCAGGUUC